CCAAAUUCUUCUUGGGGUCGCUGUAUUUCUGUAUAUUGGCUCUACAUGUGUUCAUGUGAAUCUACAGAGCUGUUGUUUGCCAGUCAGUCAAUCGGACGAUAUUAGCGGUGCGUCACAUGUCGCGAGGAGGAGCCUCCGCUGAAAACAGACAGCCUGAUGUGCAGCACAGAGGACCAGAUCACAAACUCCUCCUGCUGUCAGUACCAGGGCUGGAGGCUCUAAUAUAAAUGCUUAUAUGCGCAAGUGCGUCUUUGCAUAAAAUAGGAUAUAUUUUUGGCCCAAACUCGGAUUCAUCAGCUGUUUGUUCAAAGUGCAUGAGAGAUGGAACUGGAAUGCCGUGAAAGUUUUAUGUGGUGUAAAUCCUCUCCUUCAAAUUCAUUCGCGUUCAAAUGAGGACACUUACCGGGCAGCAUUUCUGGAUAAUGGACAUAUUUAAACAGGAACGACAUCAGUGAACCUGAAUGACUUUGUUUCUAUGCGGAGCGGACACAGAGAACAGCUCCUGUUGGAUGCGCUUAAGUUUACUAUGUUGUCAGAGUCAGGUAUAGUUGCGUGAAGGAAGGAUUUAAUGCAAACAUUAAUGCAGUAGGCGCGUGCGGCGCGUUUCAGCCCGUGUGUGUGAUGUGCAGCACGCAGUCAAGGCGCAGGGUUGAACUGAUGCGCUCCACCGAUGUCCUCCGAACAGGAACUCAUCCAUGCCCCUCACCAACCCAGUCUUGACCUUCCAGCUUUCAAACAGUGAGGCACAAGCACUUUAUUUUUGAGCCACAUUAACCCACACAGCUGGUUGCUUCACCACCUCAGUGGACUCAUGGGUACCGUACUAUCCCUUUCGCCGGGUCCUCGAAAACCUGGUUAUUAUGACGACCGGCCCGGUUCUCUAAGCCAUUACCCAAGCCUGAGCAGCCGCUCGCUGAACACUCAAAAGGACCGUAAUCUUAAACGUGGCCAUUCCAUUUUCCUCCCCGCUCUCACCUGGAAACGACUGGUGGCCUCCACCAAGAAGCGGGGCGAGUCCAAAAAAGCCUAUCCUGGAGGUCAGGGCGCCGUUGGGGCUCCUCUCAACAACAAUAACAUCUACCAAAAGGAUCCGGUCUUGCAUCUAAACCAUGAAAAUGUAAAGAAGUCUCUCUCUUGCGCCAAUCUCACUAGCUAUGAUGGUCCAGCAGGUCUAGGCCUGGGCCUGGGCUUGGGCUAUGGAAAACCGCAGCAGAUUUCCUCUGUUAAGAAGAUUGCGCCUACAUGCACUUCCUCACCUAAGCGUGUGAUCGUCCAGGCCUCGACUAGCGAGCUGCUUCGCUGCCUGGGCGAGUUUCUGUGCGGCCGCUGCUAUCGGCUCAAGCACCUUUCCCCCGCAGAUCCAGUUCUGUGGCUGCGGGCUGUGGACCGUUCACUCUUGCUCCAAGGCUGGCAGGACCAAGCCUUUGUGACCCCAGCCAACGUGGUGUUUGUGUACAUGCUGUGCCGUGAUGUGGUGGACGGCGACGUGGUGUCUUCAGAGCAUGAGCUCCAAGCAAUUCUGCUAACCUGUCUGUACCUGUCCUACUCCUACAUGGGGAACGAGAUCUCAUACCCGCUCAAGCCCUUCCUAGUGGAGACGGCGAAAGAGGCAUUCUGGGACCGUUGUCUGGCCAUUAUCGACGUCACCAGUGCCAAGAUGCUGCGCAUCAACGCAGACCCACAUUUCUUCACGCAGAUCUUUGCCGAUCUGAAGAGCGAAGGAGGUUGCGGUUUGCAGGACUAUGCUAGAGUUCUGGAUCGGUGAAAAGACGACACGGCAGAUUUUCUCUGCGAAAGUGACACUGUCAGCAUCCCCCACCAUCAUUCUGGCCCCCCAUAUGCCUUGUCACAUAACAGUGGUACUCCCUUUUACUGAAAAUUCUGCAAGAAAGAGAAAAAUGCAACGUACUCCUGCUGAAAAGACUAGCUUAGACCUGUCCAGGCUGGUUUAUGUUAGUUGGGUGCUGGUCUAGCUAGUAAACUGGUGGUCUUUUGGUGGUUACGCUAGUUAAGAAGCAUGCUGAUGACCAUCUGUGAUGGUCUUUUCAGCAGAAGAAGACAGUAUAUGAAAACAGCAUAAAAAUCACAAACACUCAAAGGUUCUUUGUUGGCAUUGAUGGUUCCAUGAAGAACCUUUAACAUCUAUGGGGCUUUUCCAUUUCACAAAAGGUUCUUUAAGGUGAAAAAGUUCUGUAGAUUAUUACAAUGUUCUUCACAAAAAAAGGUGCUUUUACGAACUGUUCACUGAAAGGUUCUUUGAGGGACCAAAAAUGCUUCUUCUAUGGUAUCACUACUAAACCCCCCUUUGGAACCUUUAUUUACACAAAGGCUUUUCCCAAAUUAUUUCUUUCUCAUUCAACUCCUUCAUAUUAUAAUACUAAUUUAUGGUUAAACAUCAAAAGGAAGGGAGUAACUGUCCAUCUACAUAUUAACCUUGUUAGUUAUGCUGUUGUCAAAACCAGCUUUUUUCAGAAGUAGUUACAAUUCCUUGGCUAAACCUUUCGCUUCCUCUACCUUUUCAACAUCUAGUCUGAAAGGAUCUGCAACAGAAACCAACCAACAAAGAAAAUCUUAGUGGGGGUGCACAUGUGUGUGUGUGUGUGAUGGGCAGCAAACAGUGAGCAUCAACAGCUGUUGGUUAUCCUGUUGUCCUUCCUUUAUUUCAUGUGCUGGACGUUAUGGCACCAGCUGCAAAGGCAUUAACUAGAUUAACAGAUUAGUGUCACACACAUACACACAUUGAGGCACAGUUUUCAAUGCCUCUCCUUGCUUACUAGCUCUAUAGGUUCAAUGGCUAAUCUAUGUGGGCCGUACACACUAGUAUAUGCUCUGUCUUGCAUGUCUUGGCGUCUACAUAGCAGUAGUGUUGGUGAAAAUUUGGAGUCUAUAAGAGUGUCAUAUCCCUCUAGAUCAAGAAAGAUAUGAACAAAGAGGCCUGGAUUCUCUAAAGAAAGAUUUAGUGCUGUCAGACCACUGCUGUUUACUUGUGUCUGCAUCUUCUCUCUUUAGAGUUUUUCAGUUUCUUUGAAAUAUCUGAUUUCUGUGCUCCAAGGCAAACACGAAAUCAAAAUUGACCCUGUUUACUUUCCUAACAUAAACUCCUGGUUUUAUUUUUGCACCAUUCAUCAGUGCACAUUAUUCCUACGACCCAAAAAUGUUUGUAAUCGCCCAUCAAAACCACCUCUGCCACUGAAGCAACUUGCAAAAAUCAUAGAUAAAACACAUGCAGAUACAACAGAUGCCAUCCUCUCUGGGUCAAGGUUUCAGGUGUCAGCGUUCAGACACAGAAGAGCAGGGACAGCAGCAUGUGGCACAGCAAGCACCCGUUAAUCUUAUUGUAGUGUUUUAAGACAGGGUCAUGGGUGCCAUACUCCAACUCCCACGCAAAAGCCGACUUUAAAUGCAUACUUCAGCCCACACAUGCUCCCAUAUAUGAGCACAUGCUCACUCAAACGGCCUGUAACCACUAUGCAUACAUUUUCGGGCUAGUAAUCGCAAACACACUGAUACACACGUGCAUAUGCAUGCACCUUCUCCCACACGUUGAAGCGAUAAUCCGCUCUUGAUCCUUGCCAGCAAUUGGGCAGAGUGAGCUGAAAAUGACACAAUAACAAAAUGCCAUUCAGAUCAGAGGGAUUUCUCUUCCUGAAACUAACAAAAAAGACACGUCUUAUGUUAUGUAACAAACAUGACAAACAGAACAGUGAACUUUAAAGUAAAUACUUCCUUAAUUGUGAGGGAUUGACAGAAAAAAACAAGGUUUCACUUUAAAAUGGUUUACUCUUGUGAAAAAGAAGUGUGCUUAACUGUAUUGAAUGUACACUUGUAGUGUACUUCACAUCUAAAAAGUAUAUAUUUUUUAAUUG